AUGCUUCUGUCCACCGCAGCUGCGGAAACGAUCGUAUCUUCACGCAACUUUCACGGCAUCCUCAAUGCUGACUCUGGUGUCCUUCAGUCACUCAAGCCAGCAUCAGACGACUCCUUUGACUUCUCGCCUUCCGAUUAUUUUGCCUUGCGCAACGGCGUUGGCAAUUACCACACUGGUGACCUGACAGCACGCUGGCGAGUCAAAGGAGAGGCAGAAUGGCGGGAAAUUGACACCGCGAAGAAGAGGGAUAUCAAGCCACACUCGACUGCCGGUGGACAUGGGCUACUUCACACGACUUUCGACAAUGUCUUCCAAGAUGCAGCGAAGCACUUCAGCCUCAGCCGAGAUUGGUCCAUCGUGGACGAUGAUCUUGUUCUGAAGGCAACGGUACAAGCAAAGGACUCUUCCACCAUUGAAGUUGGUGCUUUUGGAUUUCCAAUCGAGUUCAACAAUAUCUUCACGAACAGAACUGCGGGUAACACAACGGCCAGGUGCGUAUUGCUGGAUCCAUACAUUGGGCUUGACGCAGGAUAUGUUCAAGUGACCCGGCUAACAGGGACUGGGCCGAAUCUCAUCGUGACUCCUUAUAGCAAGCACUCCAGGUUUGAAGCAUGGCGCUUCUUGGACGAAGACCCGAAGCAGCCUACCGGCUACCAGACUCAAGUGUUCGAGGGCAUUUAUUCGUGGCAAACGCUUACCAAGGCCUACAAAGAGCGAGAAUGGAAUGCUUCAGAACCAUGGAACGAGCCGACGUCUCUUACGCUUGCACCUGGAAAAUCGGUAUCUUUUGCGCUUCGAUUCGGGUUGUCGAAGACCACUCACGAUAUCGAGGAUGCUGUUGCAUCAAAAGACGUUCCGGUGGCCAUAGGUCUUCCUGGCUACAUUCUCCCAACGGAUAUGGAUGGUCAAUUAUACAUCAACUCGAAGGCAGCUGUCGGCUCUAUCGAGGUAUCUCCUCCUGGCGCUCUGACAAUCACUGAGCAACCGCCAAAGAAGAGGUGGAAGGCAUACACAGUAAACAGCCAUGAUGGCGCCUUUGGACGUGUACGUGUGACCAUCAAAUACAGUGACGAUAGAACACAGAGCGUACAUUACUUUGUGACCGACACGCAAGAGAAUUCAAGCGACAAGCUUGCCAAGUUUUUGUUCGACAAGCAGUGGUUUAACGACACGUCUGAUCCAUUCCAUCGCGCUCCGUCCGUGAUCAGCUACGACUAUGAGGCUGGCAAGCAAGUUCUGCAAGACAGAAGAGCCUGGAUCGCCGGAGUGUCCGAUGAAGGCGGCGCUGGCUCGUUUGAAGCAGCUGCUAUGAAAGUUGCAGUCCGACCGACCAAGGAUCAGGUCCACAAGUUGGAAACAAUGGUUAACACCACUGUCUGGGGCUGGCUUCAGGAUAAGACCUCCGACAACAGCACCAAUCCUCCUACAUACGAAUACGGCGUCAAGCGUAGCUUGUUUUACUACGAGCCAAAAUCAUUGCCCAACUACAAAUACGAUCCCUCGAUCGGCUGGAAUGCCUCUGUAUGGAAUAAGUCUGAGGCAUAUGCUAUCUGGCGAGCAUACGAUUACGUUCAUGUCAGUGUAAUUUAUUGGGCACUCUACAAUGCCGAGCUGGUCGUGCCGGGAAUUCUAAGCAUUAAUAACGCUACGUGGUAUCUCACUCAAGCAUAUCGAACUGUAAUAGCUUCCCAAGCAGACAACGUGGCAUAUUGGUAUUAUGGCCUGAUGGGAGAAACAAUAUGGCUCUCCAUUCUCGAAGCCCUCAAGGCAGAGCAGCUUACAUCCGAAGCACACAAGUUGGAAGCCGCGAUGAAGGCACGACAGGACGACUGGGCCACAAAAUCGGAGCCUUUUGGUUCGGAGAUGGCUUGGGAUUCCACAGGACAGGAAGGCGUCUAUUUCUGGUCGAAACACUUCAAUGACAGCAAGACCGUGGAGAAGACUCCAAAUUCCAUCCGCGGCUACAUGCCUGCUGUGGCACAUUGGGGCUGGAAUGGCAAUGCUCGACGUUACUGGGACUUCUCAUAUGCUGGCAAGCUACACAGAAUAGAGAGGAUGAUUCAUCAUUAUGGAAGUGGUCUGAACUCUCUACCAUUGCUAGACUCGUACAAGUACAACAAGGAGCCUGCUGGACGGGCAGCCUUUCAUGAUCUUCGUGUGGCUUACGGUGGCCACAUGGGCCCACUUUCGAACAUCAACAAAGAGGGAUUUGGAGCCAUGGCUUUUCAUUCCUUUCCUGAAACGCUGAAGUGGGAUGCAUACAGUGGCGACUACGGACCAAAUUUCCUCGGACAUAUCCUCGGUGCUUGUACGAUACUUGUGAAUCAUCCUGACUUCGGCUGGACAGUCUUUGGCGGGAAUAUGAGACAGAACGGGUAUGGAGAUGUCAUCACUGUGGAGCCUAAAGACAGUGUCAAGAGGAGGCUGUACAUUGCUGAUAUGGGAUUGAAGGUGGAGAUCGAAGCUGGCAUCAUCGAAAGCUUCACGUACACUCCUUCUACUCAAUACUUGGAGAUCAAGCUUGACCAGAAGGAUGAAAAUGGUGCCGAAAUGACGGCCUUGAAGUUGGAAGAUACGCUCGGGAUGGGGUUUGGAACCAACAUCACCGAAGGCCUCAAGCGUACUCGUGACCUACAGCCAAGAAAUCCAGAUGGGAAGAAGGCACGAAUCGGCUUCGAAGUGCAACUCCCAGCCACGGUGAAGCUCGAAGUCGCAGAUGGAAGACUAUUGUGCCCUUUAUGA